CGGGGUGAAAUCCUCAAUUCAUCGGACUUGUCAAAUGUCAAAAUUUAUAUCGUAAAUGACGCAUGUUUUAAUUAUAGUUUGGCUUGGAUCUGAUUACCUUUUAAUCAACAAAGCUGGAUCCAAUAAGUAGGCUAAAUGUCGAUUUUAAGCCUGCUAAAAAGAUGAAAAAACGUCGCGAAUUAGAUGCCUUGGUAGGAAACGGAAAACUGCCAAGGCGAAAGAGUAAAAGUGGUCAUGAACUACUGCGUUCUGACGACUCUGAUUCUUCUGAGGUAGAAGAAUUUUCAGUUCAGGUUGGGAAAAAAUCUGAUAGAAAAUGGGCUGGAUUUUGCUCAUGUUCCACCUGUCUCGGCUUGACAGGUUUUGUCAUUCUCAUGGUCUGUUUUAUCACUUGCACUGGAUUAAUAUGGAUGCAUUUUGAACUUAAACAAGAGCUUGAUAGUCUUAGGAAUCGAAUUGCAACAGUUGAGAACCAUGGUCAAAUGGGUUUGGAAGACCUUCAGGACAUUAAGCGGCAGUUACAAAACUUGAACCGAACUGUGCAAGCUUUCAAGAAAGAUAAUGUGGACAUGACAAAAAAAAUUAAUUUAAUUUCUGAAAAAAUAGUAGCAGUGUCUUCAGAUACUGAAAAAUUAAAGGAAAGUCUGGAAACGGCACCAGAGCUAAAGGAUUUACCUAAGUUAGUUGAUACCCUGUCAGAGAGUUUGGCCGGCUUGGGAAGUGAGCUGCAGACAACAAAAGGCACAGUUGAUCAGUUGAAAACAAACUCGGACAAAACAUCAACGGAAAUAAAACAUCUAGCUGACAGGGUAGUGGCUCUUGAGGUAUCCUCAAACAGAACUCUUUCUGGUAGAGAAAGUGUCAUUCCUGGCAAAAUGUCAACGGUAGUGGAUGUUGGACAGACUGUCAGUGAUCUAAGGCAUGGGAUUUACGAGGUGAACCACACUUUACGGUCAGCCGUCAGUGCUCUGUCACAAAGAAUCGUACAACUAGAGACUGCUAAAAACUCGUCAGCUGUGACAGACGGAAAGCUGGGUUUUCUCCUGACUAAAGUUGAAAACAUGACCAGCAGUGUGACCAAGAUCAAACAGUUAUACCAGCAGGUACAAGAAAACAAAGGUGACCAAAAUGUUACCAAAGCCUCACAACCUACUGCUGAAGACUUUACUGAAUUCAAAGAACAAACCCAGUUACGAUUCCAGGGACUAAAUGGCACAGUGGUCAGACUGAUGGGGGACAUGAGCAACCUGUAUUUGCAGUUCACUCGGAACAGUAACAGCCUCGUCAAUAUAUCCGCUCAUGUCGAUGGCAUUCUUCGCCAUCUGGCUUCUGUCACCACUCAGAAUGAGAAUGCGACUUGGGAACAGCACCAUGUUACAAACUUUCAUGAAAUGAAUAAUAAGACUACCACAACCACAGCCCAGCCGUCAACUUCGAUGAGUCUUAAAGACAUCCUAACAUCCACUCAGCCCGAUUCUAAGACUAUAUCAAUCACUGUGCCGGGUUCAGGGGAAUCCAUAGACAGCAUGGACAAACUGGAUAGGUACUUCAACCGGUGGGAUGUGAAAGGUAACGGUCUAGUAGAUCCCAAAGGCUUGUCAAACUUCCUUGGGCCAGCUGCCCCCUCUGAAGAUGACCUUAAGCCUUUUGACGAAAAUGGUGACGGAAAGUAUUCCUUAGAAGAAUUUGCCAAUGCACUAGGAAUCACAGACUUCGGAACCACAGACCGUACCUGAGACGUGUACCAUGUGUCAAGUGAAGACAGCUGUGAGAACACACAUGGUGAAGUGAAUGGAAGUAGUAUAGACUGCGGUCUACCUACCCUGUGAAGGCUUGCAGCGAAGCCUUGUCCUGUCUAUGAUGUACCUCUUUUAAGUAGCUCACUGUUUUAAAAUAAUAUCUUCUAUUUGGAUUAAGCGAGAAGAUUCUCUAUGUAGAGGCGAAGAUCAAUAUUCUAGUAGUAUAAAUUCAUGUAUUUGCCAUCCUAAAUUAUUCGUGUCAUCACCCAUUUGGCAUGUUAAUUAUACAAAUAUAAAAAUGCAUUUCCUGUUGUUAAGUACAAUAUUCAUUGCUACUAGUUGUUGGCAUGCAUAUUCAUGGCAUAAUCCUUGGAUUACAGUUACUUUUGCUGCAGUCAUGGUCGUGGUUUAGCAUGCUAAUGGGUGCAGGUUGUUUUUGACGAAAGUUGUCACUUAAUUGUGUAAAAAGCUUGAUUAUAUUUAGACUCUGUCAUUAAAUCUUUUUCUGAUAUUGCACUUUGAAAUGAACUUGUAACAUUGUAUAAUAACGAGGGGUUUUGGUGUGUUUUUCCAUCCUGGUCCUUAUAGGAUGUUGUAUUCAUUGUGUUCACAAAAUAUGGUCUUUUCUGCAUGUUUCUUUUUUAUGUUAUUCAUGCAGUAUUGGAUUCAAGUGUGGCUGUGAUAAUAACAUACUGUGAAAUGCAUUUUGUAAAAUGCCUCAAACAUGCCAUCCAAAUGUAUGUGCAUUGGGUCACAAGUCUUAAAGACAGACAGCUUUAUUAAAUAGAUAUAUGCACAAAUGAAAUCCAAUAAACCAGGCUAUUAAACACAUUUAUUCACGAGAAGCUAUAAUUAGUACUGUAACACACAUUCUCACUGUUAAACAUAAUCCCUCUCCCAUCACCUUAAGAAAUUAAAGAAUUAAUAGUAUUGCAAUUAUUAUAUAAUAGCAGUUUGUUCUUUUUACUUUACUGUUGUUUUUGGGGGUGUUUUUAAAAAAAGAGACAAGUUGAUGCAAACAAACCUCCUUUCAGUUCAAUACUUUUGCAUUGUGUACUACCCCAAGUUUUAUUUCAGCUGGAAACUUUUUAACAUAAAAUAAAAGUCUGCCAAAAACAUUUAGUAUGCUUUGUAUCCACGUAUAUUAAGUAAUGAAUUCUAUUGAACUGUUAACGUGCUAAUUUGUAUGUAACAUUGAAUAUACACAAACAUUUUAAUUAACACAUAUGUAACAACGAAUAAGAUUGGAUCUCUACCAAUAUCUGAGGUGGUGAAACCUAUUUUAAAUUAAAGUCCAAUAAGUUACUUGAUGUUUGUUUUUCAAAAUCAGCAACUGGUAAUCAUCAUAAAUCAUUCUUGUUGAUGAUCAGUUUGUAACUGUGGAAAUGUCGAACGUCUUCUCAACAUACUGUAUUUACAGUUGGCAGUUUUAAAAUAAUUUUCAAACUUCAGUUAUUUAUAAACUAAAUCUUUUAAAACUGGAUGUUGACAAAACCACUUAAUUUCUUGAUGGAAUGAAUAUGUGGUGCUUCCAGUAAGUAUUUUAUUUUUAUUUUUAUGCAUGGUAUCCAUUUUGCUUAUUUAUACUACUUAACAGCGUCAGCUGUUAUGCUUAUCUUAGAAAUAAUCAGAGAGUUCUGUUAAUGGUAUCAUUUGGGCAUAAUAUGUCUUAUAAAAGCAUUGUGAUGUUUAAGCAAUAGUAUUACGAUUACAUUAUUCGGAACUUUCUUUUUCUCUCCAGCACGUACUGGUACGUAAGAUGUUUGUUUGUAUUGUAAACAGUUCUUGUUAAUUUUUGAAAUGUAUAAUAUCUGAUGUCAACACUUUAAUUCUAUUCAAUGUCAUCACUUUGUGCAAUAUAUUACGAUCCAAAAUCUUAGAUUUGUGGAAGUAUGGAAUUUGGCUAAAUUUGCAACCUGUAUACCAUCCCUUAAUUUGUUAAAGAGUGGACCUGCUAAUGAGUCCACGCAUAAGAUUAGUAAUCUGUUUGUGUUACGCUUGACAAAUGCCAGAAUUUAACUUUAAGGACCAUCAGCCAAAUUUUAAUUGAAUUUUGUUGCUGCAGUUCACCACAAAGCUAAUUUGAGGACUGGCUGCAUUUUGUUUAGUUAAUUAAAAAUGGAUUUGGGUGCACAUUUGAAACAAAAUUUAAAAAUGGUAAUUCUAACAGUAAACUACAUUUGAAUAAUAUCCGAUGUUUUUGGUUUAGCUUAUGCUGCGUUCAUUUGGUGCUUGUGAAUAUCGUGAAUACACAAGUUCAAAUUGUGAACAUGACUUUACCAAGUGAAAGCAUUCAGGUGAUUUAUAGACUAUCUGCAGUCACUCCAAUCUCGCACACACUCCAACUCAUAAUUACAUGAAUGAUUUGUGUUUGUUCUGCCAUUUUUUCUCGAGUUGUGAAGAUUGAGACAAAAAAUCCUACCCCAGUUUACAAGUUGUGUUCAAGGGUUAUUUCAACAAAGAAAGCUUUUCCCACUUGUGAAUUGGGGAAAUACAAUAUUGACAACUUCUAUUGAAUGCAGCAUUAAAACCAUGAAAGCUAAAACGAAAGAGGUUGACUAAUGCAGCUUUUAAAGGCUGAGUAGUUAACUGUUAACCUACUACAUGGCAGAACAAAUUAUUGACAAAAAAUAUAUACAUUUAAUUUGUCCUUGGAAUUACAUUAUUCAACCAGGCCUGGUGCUUAUAAAACUUUUAGAGUCUAGACUCGAGAUUAUUAUAGAGUCUGAGACAGUAAUGUCAUGACAACGCCAUACAAAUUGUAUGUGUGUGACAUCAUUAGAGAUUGAGUCUGGACUCUAAAGGUUUUAUAAGCAUGAGCCCAUCAACUUGGUCAUAGUAAUCCACUUGCCCAUAAUUUAGUACAUAAAUAAAUUAUGGCUGUGUAGCCCUAGGUCAGAUGUAGCCUUGUAAAGUAUUCAUCUAAUGAACAAUUGAUCUGGGAUCAAUCCCCGUCGGUGGGCCCAUUGGACUAUUUCUCAUUCGAGUCAGUGCACCUCGACUAAAGUAAAGAGUAGCCCGACUCAGCCUUUAAAAUGCUUUAACUUUUUCAUAUUACUUCACAUCCAAUAAGUCACACAACAUCAGGUAUGCCUUGAUAAUAACAGCAAUUACAGCAGCUCUGCUUAAAAACAAAAAGUGUUCACUUCUUGUCAGGUGUACAGACUAUACUUUGUCAUUGAAAAAUGCUCUAUCCCUUUUUUUCUUCAAAAUGUAAAAUAAGAUUAUUAUUGUUUAAUGUAUUUGAUUUAUGCAUGUUCAUUGGCUGUGCAAACAUUCUUCUAAAUACUUAUGUUUUAUUUUUAAAGCAUGUACAUGAGUGUAACAUUCCUUUGAUGAAGUGCGGCAUAAUUAUACCUAUUUGUAUAGCAUAUCAUCUUGAAUAUAUCAUAUCCAUAGUAUAUCAUUAUUUAUGCAAUGACGUGUACAUACUGUACAAAGUUUUUCUGUGUUGGGGUACAUGUUAUCAUUUAUUCACUGGGGUUUUGUUUUGUUUUCACAAGUUCUGUUCUAACUGCAGUGCAGUAGAUUAGGUUUUAACUAAAGUGGUUCUAGUAUUGACAUAUUCUUAACAAAUGUAAAAAACAAAAUCGGAUAAUUCCAGUGUUUCAUUUGUAGUGGUGGGGGUUUUUUUAGAAAGGGAGGGAGGGACAUGGUUGUCAUGCAAGUGUUUGUAUUGGUUUUUAUACGCCCAUCUAUGGGUCAUAUUAUGGUAUGGCGUUGUCCGUCUGUUAACUUUUUCUUGUCCGGACCAUAUCUUGCAUAUAGGACCAUCAAACCUCACAUGUAAGAACAACUUGGGAUGGUG